GUCUUCGCUGGGUGUUUCCUACACAAAUUAAAAUCGCAGGACUGGUUAAAAAAAUACGUUUUCCUCAUUUCGUAUAAUUAAGAUGAUGUCAUACACCAUCUAGUUUUCAGUGACAAGAAGCAAUACUGAGCAGCCCACAUAACAGAAAUGCCUUAAGAAGAGGAGUCUUUUGGGUGACAUCAGAAGCACCGUCGUGUAGUGCAAAGAACAUAGCACCAGAGCCAGAAGACCUCUAACUCUAAAGUUACAAAGAGAGUAAUGGAUAACAAAAACUACUGUAAUCUGACAGACAAAUUGCCCCCCUUUAGUGACUCUCCCCAUGUGCAGCUGACUCGGUCCUUCUACCUGGACCCUGUUGUCACUUUCCACCUAUACCCGGAAGCCUCUGCCCCAUCUCCUUACUCUGAAGACCUGCCAGUGCUCCCUUUUACAACUGACCAGCUAAUUGUGGAAAACUUGGGAGAUCCUUGUUCCUUCCCUUUUCAAAUGCCAUAUGCCUCUUAUGGAAGAUGUGAAUACUCCUAUGGUCCGGCGUUUAUCAGGAAAAGAAAUGAAAGGGAAAGGCAGAGAGUCAAGUGUGUUAAUGAAGGCUAUGCCCAGCUUCGUCAUCACUUGCCUGAGGAAUACCUAGAGAAGCGACUUAGUAAAGUCGAAACCCUCCGAGCCGCCAUCAGGUACAUUAAUUACCUGCAGUCUCUUCUUUACAGAGAUGAAGUUGAAGGCAAGAAUAAGCCAGGGAAAGGUCAGGCUGUUGUUGCAACUACCAGCCACCAGAUGGACCCCAUUUUUAAAAUUGUGUAAGUAGGGCCAAGGUCCAAAGAAGGAGCUCCCUAAGGGUACAGUGUUUACAGAAUCAUACCAUGUCUCUUAUCAAACUUUAUAGUUUUGUUGUUAGAAUCCUAUCACCAACAGCAACAUUAGAGGUUCAAUCACCUGUCUGAAUCCUACUCUAUAUAUGAGUAUAUAUGACCCCUUGGUAAGGGGUCAUCCAGCCUUUGCUUCUAUCAAUUACGAUGAAUGACAAUUGAGCCAGUGUUCAUAACCUCUGAGCUAACCUGGCACUGGGUAGUGGUUAGCUCUGUACAGCAUGUUUGAAAAUGUAUCUUGAAUAUU